UACCCUUUUCAUUCUUAAAAAAGAAACACCCUUCACCUCUCACCCCUAACCCAUUUCUUUCUUCUCUCUCUUCUCUCCAUUCACAGAUCACCAUGGAAGCCAGCGCUGGCCUUGUUGCCGGCUCUCACAACCGCAAUGAGCUCGUCGUCAUUCAUGGCCAUGAAGAGCCUAAGCCUUUGAAGAACUUGGAUGGUCAAGUUUGUGAGAUAUGUGGGGAUCAGAUUGGGUUAACGGUGGAUGGAGAUCUGUUCGUGGCUUGCAAUGAGUGUGGUUUUCCAGUUUGUAGGCCUUGCUAUGAGUAUGAAAGAAGAGAAGGAACUCAAGUUUGUCCUCAGUGCAAAACUAGAUACAAGCGUCUCAAGGGGAGCCCCAGGGUUGCGGGAGACGAUGAUGAGGAGGACGUUGAUGAUAUUGAACAUGAGUUCAACAUUGAAGAUGAGCAAGACAAGAACAAGCAUCUCACAGAGGCUAUGCUUUAUGGGAAGAUGACCUAUGGAAGAGGCCAUGACGAUGAGGAAAAUAGCCAAUUCCCACCAGUUAUAGCCGGUGGAUUCAGAUCAAAACCAGUCAGUGGAGAGUUUCCUAUUGGAUCUCAUGGAGAACAGAUGUUGGCGUCUUCACUUCAUAAACGAGUGCAUCCAUAUCCAGUAUCUGAGCCAGGAAGUGCGAAAUGGGAUGAAACGAGAAAGAGGGGAUGGAAGGAGAAGAUGGAUGACUGGAAAAUGCAGCAAGGCAAUCUGGGACCUGAACCUGAUGAUGAUCCUGACGCAGUCAUGGUAGAUGAGACAAGGCAGCCACUUUCGAGGAAAGUACCAAUUGCAUCUAGCAAGAUCAACCCAUAUAGAAUGAUUAUUGUGGCUCGCCUUGUGAUAUUGGCUUUAUUUCUUCGGUAUAGAAUAUUGAACCCAGUGCAUGAUGCAAUUGGGCUCUGGCUAACAUCUAUCAUCUGUGAGAUCUGGUUUGCAUUUUCAUGGAUUCUUGAUCAGUUCCCCAAGUGGCUCCCAAUUGAUCGUGAGACCUAUCUUGAUCGCCUUUCUCUCAGAUAUGAGAGGGAAGGUGAGCCGAAUAUGCUAGCUCCAGUGGAUUUCUUCGUCAGUACUGUGGAUCCUAUGAAGGAACCUCCCUUGGUGACUGCAAAUACAAUAUUGUCAAUCUUGGCUGUGGAUUAUCCAGUAGAAAAGAUCUCAUGCUACCUCUCAGAUGAUGGUGCUUCCAUGUGCACCUUUGAAGCCUUGUCUGAAACCGCUGAAUUUGCAAGAAAAUGGGUACCAUUCUGCAAGAAAUUUAACAUAGAGCCUCGAGCCCCUGAGAUGUACUUCGCUUUAAAGGUGGAUUAUCUCAAAGACAAGGUCCAGCCUACCUUCGUUAAAGAACGUAGAGCUAUGAAGAGAGAAUAUGAAGAAUUCAAGGUCAGGAUAAACGCUAUUGUAGCAAAAGCACAGAAGGUUCCUCCAGAGGGAUGGAUAAUGCAAGAUGGGACUCCAUGGCCUGGAAAUAAUACCAGGGAUCACCCUGGUAUGAUUCAAGUGUUUCUGGGUCACAGUGGAGGUCAUGAUGUUGAAGGAAAUGAGCUCCCUCGCCUCGUUUAUGUGUCUCGUGAAAAAAGGCCUGGUUUUGCACAUCACAAGAAAGCUGGUGCCAUGAAUGCUCUGAUUCGUGUCUCUGCAGUACUUACCAAUGCACCAUUCAUGCUAAACUUGGAUUGUGAUCACUAUGUCAAUAAUAGCAAAGCCGUCAGAGAAGCCAUGUGUUUCUUGAUGGAUCCUCAAACAGGGAAGAAAGUUUGUUAUGUACAAUUCCCUCAAAGAUUCGAUGGUAUAGAUAAGCAUGAUCGAUAUGCAAAUAGAAACACAGUCUUCUUUGAUAUUAACAUGAAAGGUCUAGAUGGAGUUCAAGGUCCUGUGUAUGUCGGGACUGGAUGUGUUUUUAGAAGGCAAGCACUAUAUGGAUAUGAACCACCAAAGGAUCCUAAGCGCCCAAAAAUGGUUAGUUGUGACUGCUGCCCAUGUUUUGGGCGCCGCAAAACGAAGGAAUCUAAGAGAGGUGCUAAUGGAGAAGCUACAAAUCUUGAAGGAGUGGAUGAUGACAAGCAACUUUUGAUGUCCCAGAUGAAUUUUGAGAAGAGAUUUGGACAGUCGGCAAUUUUUGUGACUUCAACUUUAAUGGAAGAAGGUGGUGUCCCUCCUUCCUCAAGUCCUGCAUCUUUGCUUAAAGAAGCCAUUCAUGUGAUUAGUUGUGGCUAUGAAGACAAAACCGAUUGGGGAACUGAGCUUGGCUGGAUUUAUGGUUCAAUUACAGAGGAUAUCCUUACAGGUUUCAAGAUGCAUUGUCGCGGCUGGAGGUCCAUCUACUGCAUGCCUAAGAGACCUGCAUUUAAAGGUUCAGCUCCUAUCAAUCUGUCAGAUCGGCUGAACCAAGUGCUUAGGUGGGCCCUUGGUUCUGUUGAGAUCUUCUUUAGUCGUCACAGUCCUGUCUGGUAUGGCUAUAAAGAAGGAAAGCUCAAGUGGCUUGAGAGAUUCGCAUAUGUCAACACAACUGUCUAUCCUUUCACCUCCAUACCACUUCUUGCAUAUUGUACCUUGCCUGCCAUAUGCUUGCUGACAGAUAAAUUCAUCAUGCCCGAGAUAAGCACCUUUGCAAGUCUUUUCUUCAUUGCUUUAUUCAUAUCAAUCUUUGCAACGGGUAUUCUUGAGCUAAGAUGGAGUGGGGUGAGCAUUGAAGAAUGGUGGAGAAAUGAGCAAUUCUGGGUCAUUGGUGGAAUAUCAGCUCAUCUCUUUGCUGUUGUGCAAGGUCUUCUAAAGAUUUUAGCUGGCAUUGACACAAACUUCACAGUUACAUCCAAAGCAACUGAUGAUGAAGAAUUUGGAGAACUAUAUGCUUUUAAAUGGACAACCCUCUUGAUACCUCCAACUACCAUCCUAAUCAUCAACCUUGUUGGAGUUGUUGCUGGAGUCUCAGAUGCUAUAAAUAAUGGAUACCAAUCAUGGGGGCCAUUAUUUGGCAAGCUCUUCUUUGCCUUCUGGGUGAUUGUCCACCUCUACCCAUUCCUGAAAGGUUUGAUGGGGCGGCAAAACAGGACACCGACCAUUGUUGUUAUCUGGUCUGUUCUCUUGGCUUCAAUAUUUUCCUUGCUUUGGGUUCGAAUAGACCCAUUUGUCAUGAAAACCAAGGGACCUGACACUAAGCAAUGUGGAAUCAACUGCUAGGAAGUUUUUCCGAUAUGCAUAUCUUUGGAAGAUACAUGUACAUACUUGCUUUUACAAGUAUAUCAAAUAUGAUGUAUGAAUCAACGAAAUGCAAAUGCACAAUGAAUAAAGCUAGAGUGAAAAUUUUUGUGCAGCAUUUUGCAAUGUACCAAGUUUUGUAAUUGAAGUGAAAGAUUUGAUUUUUAUAUUAUUUUUUCA